AUGGCACCAAAAACCUAUCCUAAACCCCAAUCCCUUCUUGCGGCUGCUUUAACCGCGAUUUCGGGAUCCACCGUCAUCCCGUAUGACGAAUAUAAACGUCAAAAGGAUAACCCUGAUACGAGCUUUCACGAAGUUGACAUUUAUCAAUCUCAUAUGCAGAUUGGUCCAAUCCCAGAAUCUAAUAUUGUAAAACCUCCAGAAAGUAAUUUUUUGAAAAUACCUAAUAAUGAUGUUAGAGAAAUUUUUAUUAAAACACCUUCUUCUAAAAAAAAAAUUAGUAUUAAUAUUCUACUUUCUUGCACUGUUAAAAGUUUAAAACAAUUAAUUUAUACACGAGAAGGUAUCCUUCCAUCUGUGCAAGAACUUAUAUUUAAUAAACAAAUAUUAAAGGAUGAACUCACAUUAUCACAAUACAAUAUUGAAGCUCAGUCGGUUAUUCAAAUGAAUAUUUUAUUACGUGAUGGUGGUAAAUCCGUAGGAUAUAUUAAUUUCGAACAUUUAGAUCCAGGAUAUGAUUAUGAUUUUACAAAUAUAACAGAUACACAAAAAUUUUAUCGUGGAAAUGAAGAAUAUACUAGACCAUGUGGAUGGAGACGAGUUAGUGUUAAUGUUUUAAAUAAAUACGAAUAUAAUAAUACUUGGUUAGGUGUUAAAGGUAGAAAGACAAUAAAUGAAUCUUUACCGAACGAAUGGCCCGUAUCGUUUCAUGCUACUGGUAGCAUUAAUGGUAAGUCGAUGGCAGAUAUGGGAUAUGAUGUCAUUAAAGGAAAGAAUAAAUUAAAAAAAAGAUUUUUGUGCUUUUGUUGUUGUAAAUUGAACAACAAAAAGAAAAUUCAACUUGAAUUUGAAAAUGGAGUUUAUACAACACCGAAUGUUAAAAUUGCAGAACAAUUUGCUACUAGAUUUAGUUAUGAAGGAGAAAAUUAUUUAGUAAUGUUUCAGAGUAGAGUUAAUCCUAAUACUUUGGUUAAAGCUGGUGAAUACUGGAUAUUACCAAAAGUUGAAGACGUUAGAACGUAUGGUAUUUGUAUAAAGAAAGAUCCAUAUGGUGGAAAGUAUUAG